AAACUUUCUGGAAUAAAAUCACAAUCAAUAUUGUUUGAGGAUAACUUAUUUGAUCAUCAGGUAAAAUUCAAACCAAGAUUCAAGAAAUCGGCAAACAUGAGCGGGUUAGCAGCAUCUAACCUGACUUCAACUACGGGGCUCCUCACAAAACCACAACCACGUCCGGUCCAUUUCGAGUUCGAUUUUACAAAGACGUCGACUUUCUACCUCGACAUCUGGACUCUCCUAGCCACACUCGGUCUCCUCGUCAUCGUCGCCUUGGUCAACGCUGUCGUUUUCCUGACAUGGCGACGUCAAUAUCGUAACAGCAUGGCGGAAAACUCACACGAUGUCCAUGGUAACAACUUCUACGUCCCAAACACACCGACUACCAUCAGUGUCAUCGACGUCGGAAAGUUAUCCACCGACGAGGAAUCCGGAACGAACUCGGUGAUGAUCUCACCGAUGAUGUUUUUCACCAACAGCACGAUGACCGCUGAUAUCAGCGGUAUGGGAACAAGCAGUGUAUUGCCCGUCAGAUUUGCCGAGUGGCCGCCGAGAGCUGCCGUGAUCAACCCCCACAUCGACAAGCGGAUCAUGCUCCAAGUCGUACAUGAAUAAAGGAUGUAUGAAAAGAU